AUGUCAAUAGACACCGCGGCGUUACUACAAACAGUCUCAAUAAUACGUAAGCAAUUAACUCGCGGGCUAACAGUCACAAUAGAAAACUAUCACCUUGGAUAUAGUCUACGAAAUAUGGAGUAUUAUUGUGAGACUGACUGUUUUAACGCGCCGACUAUAAGUAUUGGGCCGGGGAAAUGGGGAGUUGGAGCAUUUAGAAGUACGUUAACAUCUGGUACAAGAGGCCUGCUAUGUUACGAAUUAUUCGGUAAAGAGUGGAGUUUUGCAGAUCGAUUAUUUUUGCUUAUUGGAUGGCACGUCCCAGUGCUAGGCGACAACACCUACUUCCUCCAAAUAGCACAAAUAGACUCACCCACAUUUCCCUCCAAAAAAUCGGAACGGCAUCGCGUAUUUGAAAUGCUCUUUGAGAACAAAAUUAAAGCUGGCAGCAGCACAAUAGCACUACACGUUAAUCCAACUCAUGUCCUAGACGACGCGCCAAAAUCUGCUGAUAAGGAAACGCCCGAACACUAUUUCUCAGUUUGUGCGUCAAUGGCUACCACGUCGAUCGCGAAUCUCAAGGUGGAACUGUAUCCAUAUCAGCAAUCAUUGUAUUAUACGGCUGAGGGACCAAUACAAAUUUCUGUUCCGGAACGAAUUUCGCUGGCGAAGUUGGUGGAGAAGAGUUUUGUUACUGCAGAAAAUAUUGUUAAUGAUGCUCUGCAAAAGUAUAUGGGUAUUGAUGGCGAUAAGAAUGAAGAUGUUAAGUUGGAUGAUGGUGAUGGCGGGAAUGAUCAAAGUAGUACUAAGGAUGAGCAAAAUCGGCAGGGAAGGGAGUAA